AUGCAAAGGUAUCAUGCUGGCAGCUGCACUAGUGCAGUUAAUAACAGUUCAAUUGGUGGCCCAUCGGCUAGGGACCUUGGGAGAAUUGAUUCAUCUUCCUUGCCAACCAACUUUCCUGUAAGUUCAAGGCGACAACCACAACCACCACUACCGCCAUUUAACCUGUACAAGUUGAAGUGUGAUAAAGAGCCCCUGAACUCUAGGCUUGGACCGCCAGACUUUAACCCUCAAACACCAAAUUGCUCUGAGGAAACUCUCACCAAAGAAUAUUUGCAAUCUGGAUAUAGAGACACAGUUGAGGGGCUUGAGGAAGCCAGAGAAAUAUUGCUGACCCAGAUUCCUCAUUUUAACAAGGCAACUGUCCUUAAUUGCAAAGAGGCCAUUAGAAAACGACUAAGGGCCAUCAAUGAAUCUCGUGUUCAGAAGCGGAAGGCUGGUCAAGUCUAUGGAGUGGCUCUUUCAGAAUCACAACUUUCAAAACCUGGUGUUUUCCCUGAACAAAGGCCAUGUUCUGAAGACUUCCGGAAGAAAUGGAUUGAGGGUUUAUCUCAACAGCACAAGCGACUGCGUUCUUUGGCCGAUCUUGUUCCUCAAUAUAGAAGGAAAUCAGUUUUGGAGAUUCUUAUUAGGAAUAAUGUUCCUUUGUCGAGGGCAACCUGGUUUGUAAAGGUUACUUACCUCAAUUUGGUUCGUCCUGGUUCUGCCAGGGUUCCUUCUGGGACUAAUGACAAAACACAGCUGUCUUGUUCUGAGCUUUGGACCAAAGAUAUUAUUGAAUGGUGGUUUGUUGUUCGGCUUCUGCAGUGGCAUCAUGCUGAAGGACUGGUUCUUCCUUCUCUGGUCAUUGACUGGGUUUUACAUCAACUACAGGAAAAGCAAUUGCUUGAGAUUUGGCAGCUGCUUUUGCCUAUUGUAUAUGGCUUUUUAGAAAUUGUCGUUCUGUCUCAAACAUAUGUACGCACUCUUGCUGGCCUAGCUCUUCGUAUUAUUCGUGAUCCUGCUCCAGGUGGGUCAGAUCUAGUAGAUAAUUCUCGGAGGGCAUAUACGACUUCUGCUCUUAUUGAGAUGCUUCGGUAUUUAAUAGUUGCAGUUCCAGAAACUUUUGUUGCUUUAGAUUGCUUUCCUUUGCCAUCCUCUGUAGUUUCACAUGCAAUUAAUGAUGGCAAUUUUGUACCAAAAGCAAUUGAAGCUGCAGAAAAGGUAAAAAAUAGUUCAGAAGAUGUUGCGUGUAUAUUUAGAAGUAAAGGCCUUGAUGCACAAUAUGAAUCUCUGGCAUUUGACCGUGUUAUUUCGAGCAUACAAAAACAUGCAGAAAAUCUCACAAAGGCUGUAAGCCCGGGCUGUCCAGAGCAUUGUCUCGCUAAAGCUGCACAAGCCUUGGAUAAAUCUCUUGUACUUGGUGAUAUACAUGGAACAUACAAACUUCUUUUUGAAGAUCUAUAUGAUAGACCUACAUCGGACGGUUGGGUUGCAAAAGUUAGCCCUUGUUUAAAGUUAUCCUUGAAGUGGUUUGUGAAUGUAAAUACAUCACUUAUUUAUUCAGUGUUUUUCCUUUGUGAAUGGGCAACAUGUGAUUUUAGGAAUUUUCGGACUGCUCCUCCUUGUGAAAUAAAGCUCACGGGCAAGAAAGAUAUUUCCCAAGUGCAUAUAGCAGUUAGACUCCUAAAGAUGAAGCUGAGGAAUAUGCAUACAAGACAAAAGAACGAAGCCACUAAUCAUGGAGUCAGUUAUUUAGCAAAAUGUUCAGGUCAGCAAAAUAAUUGGAACAAUGGGUCCGGAAUAAAAUCUAGCUCAAAAAGUAUGAAUCAGAGGACCUGUUCAGUUGCAUUUGAAAGUCCAGGUCCUCUACAUGAUAUCAUAGUUUGCUGGAUUGAUCAGCAUGUGGUGCAUAAAGGAGAAGGCCUCAAGCGCUUGCAUAUCUUUAUAGUGGAACUCAUUCGUGCAGGCAUCUUUUACCCUUUGGCUUAUGUACGUCAGCUGAUAGUGAGUGGGAUCAUGGAUACAAGUGGAAAUAUGGUUGAUCUUGAGAGACAAAAGAGACAUUCUCGAAUCUUGAAGCAGCUUCCUGGAAACUUCAUUCGUCAUGCUUUAGAAGAAUCAGGGAUUAUUGAAGGACCACUGCUUAUUGAAGUCUUACCUGUUUACUUGAACGAGCGACGCCUCAUACUUCGUGGUUCCUUUAAUGAGAACCAUGGCAAUGUCGACUGUGCCAAUAAUCCUUCUGUAAAUCAAAAACGUUCUACAUUUUCAACAACAGAUGAAUCUUCUACAGUAUCAAUCAAUCAGCUUCCUUCAAACAAAAUAUCUUAUAAAGUUAAGAAGGAUGACACUAGUGUUGAAGACCUGAAGACAGCCAUAUCAGUAUUGUUACAGCUGCCAAACAGUUUAUCUAAUUCGAGCACUACUGGAUUGGGUGAAUCUCAAAGCAGUGUCAAAAGACCUAUUGAAUUUCGCAGCAAGAUUGAUCUCAUGGAGGCUACACCUGGAUGUGAAGAAUGUAAAAGAACAAAGAAACAAAAAUUAAGUGAGGAAAGAAGUUCGUUUGUUCAAGCUCAGUUUCCAGUUUUACCCCAUGAUGAAGACACAUGGUGGGUGAAAAAGGGGCUAAAAUCUCCAGAGCCUCUCAAAGUUGACCAACCACUUAAGGCAACUAAGCAGGUUGCUAAGAGUCGGCAAAAGACUGUGCGUAAAACCCAAAGUCUCGCUCAACUGGCUGCUUCUAGAAUCGAAGGUAGCCAAGGGGCAUCAACAAGUCAUGUGUGUGAAAAUAAGGUAAGUUGCCCUCACCAUAGAAAUGCUAUGGAUGGAGAUACGACAAAGUCUGUUGAUGGAAUCCGAACUGGUCAAUGUGAAGAUAUUGUUUCAACAGGAAAAGCACUAAAACGCCUUCGAUUUGUUGAUAAAAAGGAAAUAACUGUUUGGCUGAUGACUUCAAUUAGGCAGCUUAUUGGAGACACUGAAAAAAGUAUUGGUAAAGUUGGUCAGUUUGGCAGGCCUAUAACCACUGUUGAUGAUAGAAGUUCAAUAAGGUGGAAACUCGGGGAAGAUGAACUUUCUGCUAUACUUUAUCUGAUGGAUGUCUCGGAUGAUUUAGUACCAGCUAUCAAAUUCAUCAUGUGGUUACUACCAAAGGUUUGCAGUAGCCCAAGUUCUACAAUUCAUAGUGGAAGAAAUAUUUUAAUGUUGCCAAGGAAUGUGGAUAACCAAGUUUGUAAUGUUGGGGAGGCUUUUCUGCUCUCAUCACUGAGAAGGUAUGAGAACAUUCUUGCUACCGCAGAUCUUAUUCCUGAUGCUCUGUCAUCUAUAAUGCAUCGGGCUGCAGCUAUUAUAACAUCUAAUGGUCGGGUUUCAGGUUCAGGUGCUCUUGCUUUUGCCCGUUAUUUGUUGAAAAAAUAUAGCAAUGUGGUCAGUGUCAUUGAGUGGGAGAAAAAUUUCAAAACCACAUUUGAUAAGAGACUUUCUUCUGAACUUGAGUCUGGAGGACGAUUAGUUGAUGGAGAGUUUGGGCUUCCCCUUGGUGUUCCUUCAGGAGUUGAGGACCCCGAUGAUUAUUUCCGUCAAAAGAUAAGUGGUGGUCGGUUACUGUCCAGGGUAGGUUCAGGCAUGAGAGAUGUUGUACAUCGUAAUGUGGAAGAUGCCUUUCACUGUCUUUUUGGAAAAGACAGAAAGCUUUUUGCUGCUGGAACACCAAAAGGUCCUUCUUUAGAAAAAUGGGAUAAUGGAUAUCAAAUUGCUCAACAAAUAGUUAUAAGCCUGAUGGAUUGCAUUAGGCAGACUGGUGGUGCUGCCCAAGAAGGAGAUCCCUCUUUGGUCACUUCUGCUGUUUCUGCCAUAGUUGGCAGUGUUGGCCCAUCUUUAGCAAAAUUACCCGAUUUUUCCGCUGGCAAUAAUCAUCCAAAUAUAUCACUGGCAACAAGUUCAUUGAACUAUGCUAAAUGCAUUCUGCGAAUGCAUAUAACAUGUUUGUGUUUGCUUAAGGAAGCCUUGGGAGAGCGUCAGAGCUGUGUAUUUGAUAUUGCUCUUGCAACAGAAGCUUCUAAUGCUCUUGCUGGAGUUUUUGCUCCAAGUAAAGCAUCUAGAAUUCAGUUUCAAAUGUCACCUGAAACCUAUGAUACUAGUGCAACUACGCCAAACGAUGUAAAUAGCUCCAGUAAAAUCGUGCUCGCCAGAACAACAAAAAUUGCUGCUUCUGUUUCUGCACUUAUUGUUGGUGCAAUUAUAUACGGUGUCACCAGCCUGGAGAGAAUGGUAACCAUUCUCAGGUUAAAGGAGGGCCUGGAUGUAGUUCAAUACGUGCGAAGCUUGAGAUCCAAUUCAAAUGGAAAUGCACGUUCAGUUGGGGCUAUUAAGGUGGACAGUUCAGUUGAAGUACAUCUCCAUUGGUUUAGAUUACUUGUUGGAAACUGCAGAACCAUCUGUGAAGGCUUAGUUGUGGAUCUCUUGAGUGAACCAUCCAUUGUAGCUCUUUCCAGAAUGCAGCGUAUGCUUCCUCUAAGUUUGGUUUUUCCGCCUGCCUAUUCAAUAUUUUCCUUUGUAAUGUGGCGACCUUUUAUUAUGAACGCUAGUGUAGCCAUACGUGAAGACACAAAUCAACUUUGUCAGACUCUAACAAUGGCCAUAAAUGAUGCAUUAAAACAUUUGCCUUUUCGAGAUGUAUGUUUAAGAGAUUCUCAGGGUCUUUAUGAUCUAAUGGCUGCAGAUAUGAGUGAUUUGGAAUUUGCAACCUUGCUAGAGUUGAAUGGCUCUGAUAUGCGUUUAAAUUCCAAUGCAUUUGUUCCACUUCGUGCUAGGCUUUUCUUAAAUGCCAUGGUUGAUUGUAAGAUGCCGGAGUCUAUUUAUACAAAGGAUGGUGGAAGCCGGAUUUCUGGGCAUGGUGAAUCAAACAUUCAUUUUACUGACAGUGAGUCUAAGCUGCAGGAAAAGCUUGUAGAUGUCUUAGAGGCUCUGCAACCCGCCACAUUCCACUGGCAAUGGGUUGAACUCAGGCUGCUUUUGAAUGAACUGGCUCUCAUUGAAAAACUGCAGACACACGAUAUAUCAUUGGCUAAUGCUAUAAAGUUGUCUUCACCGAGUUCUGAGAAGACUACUGCUUCUGAGAAUGAGAACAAUUUUAUUCAAAUAAUUCUCACAAGGUUACUUGUUAGACCUGAUGCUGCACCUCUUUUCUCGGAGUUGGUUCAUCUUUUUGGGAAGUCGCUGGAGGAUUCUAUGUUGUUGCAGGCUAAAUGGUUCCUUGGAGGUCCAGAUGUCCUCUUUGGUCGAAAGACCAUUAGGCAACGACUAAUUAACAUUGCAGAGACCAAAGGAUUAUCUGUUAAGCCUCAGUUUUCAAAGCCAUGGGGUUCGUUUAGCCCAUGUACUGAUCUAAUAACUUCAAAGAGGGAUAAAAGGAAAGUUGAUUCUCUGUCUCUUGAAGAAGGAGAAGUUGGAGAAGGAGUGGAUGUCAAAAGGCCCCUAAAAGGGUUCUCUCAAGUGUUUGACUCGGAAGGCUCAGCCAUUAAGCAGCUACAUGGGACUGAGAGGGCUUUUGUUGAAUUAAUUCUUCCAUGCAUAGAUCAAAGCUCCGAUGAAUCUCGUUAUUCGUUCGCAAGUGAUUUGAUCAAACAAUUAAGUUAUAUUGAGCAACAAAUAGCCGCUGUUACUCGUGGUCCAGGCAAGCCAGCAGCAAGUAUGCCUGUGACUGAAAGUCCGACAAAUAAAGUAAAUGCCCGCAAAACUAUGAAAGGUGGUAGCCCUGGAUUAGCCAGACGACUAACAUCUUCAACAGAUUCUUCUCCACCUUCUCCUGCAGCUCUACGAGCCUCAAUGUCAUUGCGUAUCCAGUUAAUCAUGAGAUUCCUUCCUAUUCUUUAUACAGACGGGGAGCCCUCUGUGCGGAACAUGAGACACACACUUGCCUCUGUAAUUCUUCGACUACUUGGUAGUCAAAUCGUGCUUGAGGAUGCAAACGUUUUGGUUAAUGUCACACACUCUUCUCUGUCAAAAGGGGAUGUGGAGUCACCUUCAGAAGUUGCUUGUGCUGCUUUUGUAGAUUCUUCUGUUGAGGGCCUUUUUGAUCGAAUGUUGUUGAUUUUGCAUGGUUUGUUGAGUAGUAGUCCUCCAAGCUGGCUUAGGUUGAAACCUGUUUCAAAGACAACUAAUGAACCGACACGAAAGGUUUCUGGAUUUGAUCGAGAGUUGUUGGAGUCUUUGCAGAAUCACUUAGACUCCAUGCAACUGCCAGACUCUAUCCGGUGGCGUAUCCAAGCUGCAAUGCCUGUGCUCCCUCCCUCUCCGUGGCGCUCUUUCUCUUGCCAGCCGCCAUCUGUUCCAAAUUCGUCCAUUGUAUCUCUUCAACCCAGCAUUAAAAAUUCUGGGUUUAAUCCCAGCAGUUUGACUACACCUCAGAGGAGCCCAGUUCCACUAUCAAGGACUGCAGCAUCAGGGAAAUCAAAACAACAGGACAAUGAUUUUGAAUUUGACCCUUGGACACUUUUAGAGGAUGGUGCUGGGUCUUGCCCUUCUGCAAGCAAUGUUGGAGGUGGCGACUGUGUUAAUAUUCGUGCCACCAGCUGGCUUAAAGGGGCUGUAAGGGUGAGAAGGACCGACCUUACUUAUGUUGGUGCUCUGGAUGAGGAUAGUUGA